CGUAUUCUUUAUUUCCCCCCUACGUUCCUACCUAAAAAUCAGCUUAGUUUGUAUAAACAAAGGAUCAUUUCCAGGCUGCUAAUCCGAAUUUAUUCGAGUUUUGAUACCGAGGAAUAAAUCAAUUUAUCGAUCCAGUCGGAGCAGAAUGGUCUUAUUACUCAUCCAUACAUAGAGCCUUUCCCGGCCCACAGUCAGGAACGUUACUCAAACGGGACCCAAAGAUCGACCUCAGCGGAAGGUGGGACCUGUUGACAUUAAUAUUUCUCUUGCGGUCCCACGCCAGCCCUAACAGUUACUAUGUAGAUGUGGCGAAGUUUCCCCCCCUUUUAGUUUUUGCAAAUGAAAAUGGAGGAUAUGUCUUUGUCAGGCCUGGACAACACCAAGCUAGAGGCCUUGGCUCAUGACAUUUACUCAGACUUGGUUGAAGAUGCCUGUUUGGGGCUUUGCUUUGAGGUGCACCGGGCGGUAAAGCAAGGCUAUUUCUUCCUUGAUGAUACGGACCAAGAGAGCAUGAAAGAUUUUGAAAUUGUGGACCAACCAGGAGUGGAUAUCUUCGGACAGGUAUAUAACCAGUGGAAGAACAAGGAGUGCGUUUGUCCCAACUGUAGCCGGAGCAUAGCCGCGUCGCGCUUCGCCCCUCACCUGGAGAAGUGUCUGGGAAUGGGCAGAAACAGCAGCCGCAUCGCUAACCGCAGAAUAGCAAGCAGUAACAACAUGAGCAAAUCUGAGAGCGACCAGGAGGACAACGAUGACAUUAACGACAACGACUGGUCUUACGGCUCAGAAAAGAAAGCCAAGAAGAGAAAGUCAGACAAGAAUCCCAACUCCCCCAGGAGGUCCAAAUCCUUAAAGCACAAAAACGGAGAACUCAGUAAUAGUGUGAACCCUGAUCUCUACAAGUACAGUAACUACAGUUCUGGGAUCAGCUACGAAACACUUGGCCCAGAUGAGCUUAGGUCCUUGUUGACAACGCAAUGUGGAGUUGUGUCUGAGCAUACAAAGAAGAUGUGUACACGGUCCCAUCGGUGUCCCCAGCACACGGACGAACAGAGGAGGGCAGUCAGGGGCUUCCUCCUGGGGCCGUCCGCGUCGACGCUGCCCGAUCCCGACACGCUGCUGGAAGGUGACGGAUACGAUGUCUCUGAUGGACAGCUCAUUAUGGGCCGUCUCCAGUGGGAAGGCUCAUCAGAUAUAUCCCCUUCAGACUCCGCCUCCUCUAAAGCUAGUACCAAUAACUCAGACUCUAAGAAACCGAAGAAAAAGAAGAAACUUAGCUCUCUGGCUCUGAACAGUUCAGGAGGAGGAGAGAGAGAAAGAGUAGGGGAACGGGAGAGAGAGCGAGGUGGAGGAGGAGGAGGAGGGGGCGGAGGCGGAGGAGGGAGUAGUAGUGGAGUUGGUGUUGUCGUUGGAGGAGGUAGCAGUAGCAGUUCCCAGGGUUCACUGGGCUUGUCAAGUCGUAAGAAGAAACCAAGGCUGCCAGCACCGCCUGCCCCCAGUAUCUAUGAUGACCUGAACUGAUGUGAUGGCCGGAAACAGAGAGAGAGAGAGAGAUGUUUACCCCACACACACACACACACACACAUAUAUUGAAUCUUGAGGCUUGUUCAGUGUAUUUGUUUGGUGUAUUUUAUUACACAUCAGAGGGUCACUGACAAAUGCUUUCAUUAUUUUUCCCAAACCUCAACACAGUGCUAAGCAAGCUGUGUUGCUUUAGUGCUUUCUCUGUGUGUGU